GUAUACAUUGGGCUGGACGAUGUGACGAGCAGUACUGGGGUGUUUCGUGAAGCUCUUUAUCUCGAACGCAAGCCUACUUCCUCUCAGUGCAAGGAGUUGGCUUGGACCACGUGUGCAGUUAGUUGGAGAAGGCAGGAGCCCACAUCGUCGCAUUGCAUUGUUAUUGGAACCAGGGCCGGUGGGAUUGCAGUUUACGACCUUCCCUCUAACUCGAAUCAAACGGUAAUUCAACCCGCGUGGUCUCUUGAACGCUGCCAUGGUAGAGAGGGUGUGACUGCUGUCACGGUUCUUCACCAGACAAUUGUUCUGACAGCUGGACGUCAACAUGGAAGGGUGCGAAGAUGGAAAUUUGUUGUCGCUGAAGAUGGUUCCACAAUUGAAUUACAAUUGCUGGAUCAAAUACUGAAACCGUCCAAUCUCUCGUGGAUCGGAUCUUUCGCCAGUCUCCCCUCUGGAGAGGUCAUGGUGCUUGGAUUUACUUCGCUCGUGGAUGGUGAAUCAAAGGGAAUGCCGAACACUCGUAAUCACCUCCUCAUUGCCUUGUUUGAACAAAUUAGUCAGUGUCCCGGAGGCGUUUUUGCAAAUUCCUUCCAAAAAGUUACACCCCUCACCUAA